GAUUGUCGAUCGUCGAUCUCAUCUCAAGUUGUUGUUAAUUGUUGUUGUUGUUUUUUCUGCGCUUUGUGACUGUGUUAAAUGUAUCGCUUUGUGGUUUGAUCUUAAUAAGAAUGUCAACAUCAUCAUCAUCUGCGCAUUGAACAAUUGCAAGAGGGUCUUAUUGGAAUUUCCCAUACAUUACUUAAGCUUUGAUAUAUGAAGCUCAGUGCGCAACGGUGCAUUGAGUGCGCGAGCGAGCCCAGAAAGACAUGAACAAACUACGCAACUUGCUGCCGGGUCAGCAGUCAAAGGAGUCGGCGCGCCAAUCGGUCACAUUGGAACCAGAGAUUGGCUUUCAGAUCACAAUCGGGACUCAUGAGCAACAACAGAAUCAAAACCAAAACGAGAGUGCGCUCGGUUUUAGCCGAAGCAACGGAACGACGACUGCAAUGCCCGAGUUGAAUGUUCAUCUAAUUGCGGCACGGCACCUUCCCUCUCUAUUCGGCUUUAAGAUUGUUCAAGGCUAUCUAAUUAAGGUCAAACUUUUUCCAGGCACUAAACGCUUGGAUAGCAGCAUUCAAACCAACUCUUGGCCAAAGUUCAAUCAAAAUUUCAAGUUUCCACUGGUCCCAGAUAUAAAGCCUUCUUUGAAACAUGGAUCGGCAUUUUCAACACGACGUCAGACAAAUCCAGUAAAUGGUGAAUUAUCCACUCCGGAAGAACUCUUUGCCGGCCAAUUUUUGGUCUUUACCGUGUAUGCUCUAUUGGAAUUACCUACCACUAGCUUCAAUCGUUUCAACAAGACCUAUCGCUCCCUAAAAGAUAAGAGUUCCAGUUUUGUGCAACGUCUUUCCGCCGGUGCGACAAAUGAAACCCAGUCUGAAAAUGCUACUCCUCAGAAGGGAAAGGGCAAGAAGUCGUCGGAGAAUCCCAGAGAUGCCAUGCCGCCAUUGACGAUAAGUGAAUCCCGCAGAAAUAUAGGCUCUGUCACCUGCUAUCUAGAGCCAAAGAUUUUCAAGCGUAACUCGCGAACUGGAACUUACGCGACGGAGGAACUGUGGCUGCCGAUUAAAGAUAUAACCACAACUGUGGCCAAAACGACACCCAGUAAUAACAACAACUAUCUUACAAAUUCAGCUAAAGGUGUGGUUGAGUUGGCCCUCGAGGUGCGCGAUCUCAACGAGGGUGAAUCCCAAGUGGAGGUGCAGUCAGUAUCCGAUUCACAGCAGGAUAUUGCCAAGGGUGCGUCAUCCGGAGCGGGAGCAAAUAAUUGGCAGCGCAUGACGGCCGAGGUGAAGCGUAAAAUGGGUAUUAGCAAUGUGACCAAUUCUUCCGGCGGAACACUUCUUUUGCGGAUCACGACAUCGCGCAUGCGUUGCUCCAACAAGGUUAAGGACGAGCUGGAGGCGACGGCCGGCGGGGGAGUGUAUGUGAAGACGACCGUCUUUGAGCAUGGCAUCUAUGUGGAUGCCUGGAAAUCGCCGCCCUUCUACCCCUCACUCUCCACGAAGUGGGAUGGCGCUGGCGGCGAUGAGGCAACCAUAUCUGUCCCACUGCGCAGUCUCGAUCAGCUGGAGAAUAUUGUGAUCCGAAUAACGCUGGCGACCAAGCUGAAAAUGGCCAAGAAACUCGUACUGGGCACUGUUCUAAUAGGUGGCAACAACAAUGCCUCCGACACCGGAAUGGAGCAACUGCGGCAUCUACAAAGUUCCCCCCUCAAUCAACGCAUCGCCGCCUGGCAUUGUUAUCAGUAACUGAUUUGGGGAUUGGGAAUUGAAAUUGAGAUUGCCAUUGAUUUCUAAAGAAUAAGCUCAAGUUCAUGCCAAAACAAUAGCUUUUAACUGUUCUCUACGUGUUCGUUUAAUAAAUUAUCAUUCUUUUAUUAUACAGAAAAAAACCAAUUCGGGAUUUU